UUUUUCAAUUUUAAGUUUUAUUAUACGCGCAACAAAUUUAUCAACAGAGAGCCAAUCAUCAUAAUGAUAUACAGUGAUAAUGAUAGUAGGAAAUGAUAACGUUUACAAGACGGAUUAUAACGUCAUCGUUCAAUAUGCAUCCACUCCAAAGUGCUAAAAAAAUAGCAGCUUAUAAAGCCGUGGAUGAAUACGUUAAGACUGACAGUGUUAUUGGAAUUGGAAGUGGAUCAACUGUUGUAUUUGCAGUUGAAAGACUUGCCGAAAGAGUAAAAAAUGAAAAAUUAAACGUAAUUUGCAUACCUACCUCAUUUCAAGCUCGACAACUUAUUGUUAAACAUGGACUGACUUUAGGAGAUUUGGAAAUUUAUCCAAAGAUAGAUUGUACUAUUGAUGGAGCUGAUGAAGUUGACUCUGAAAUGAAUCUCAUCAAAGGUGGAGGUGGUUGUUUACUUCAAGAAAAAGUCGUUGCCUCUUGUUCGGAUCAACUUGUAAUAAUAGCCGAUUACACAAAAAAUUCACAAAAACUAGGGGAACAAUAUAAAAAAGGAGUGCCAAUUGAAGUUGUUCCCAUGUCAUACAAACCUAUUCAACAGAAAAUAGAAGAAAAUUUGGGCGGCUCAACUAUUUUAAGAAUGGCCGUAGCAAAAAUGGGCCCUCUUGUAACGGAUAAUGGAAAUUUUAUAAUCGAUUGGAAUUUCCCAACAGAAACAGAUAAUUGGGAAGAAAUAAAUACAAAAUUAAUAUCAAUGCCCGGAGUUGUUGAAACUGGUCUCUUUAUAAAAAUGGCCAAAAAAGCAUUCUUUGGAAUGUCCGAUGGCAGUGUUAAAGAACGAUCUUAAAUCGAAUAGUUUUCUAUCAAGAUAAAAAAAAAGCAAUUAAUUUUUUAUCUCAACUGUAAAAACAUUACAGAAUAUUUUCUUUAAAUUUUAGCUUUUCUAAGCUAUGCGAACAAAUAAGGGGAGAUUGUUUUUUUUUUAAAAUGGAAAUAUUUUUACAAAUAUUUUUUUAAACUAAUUUUUAUUGAAAUCGCUUUUAAAAAAGUUGAUUACUGAAACAAGACAACAUGUCUCUAAAUAUGACAAAUAAAUGCUUAGAAAUACAA